AUGAAGUACUUCCUCGCCACUCUGGCCAUUAUCGGCUCUGUCCUCGCCUUCCCUGUCCAGGAGGGUGAGAAGCCUCACACUUUCGCUACCUCUCUCUCUACCUACUCGACUUCCUCGGUCACGCCCACUUCCUCGGUCACGCCCACUUCCUCGGUCACGCCCACUUCCUCGGUCACGCCCACUUCCUCGGUCACGCCCACUCCCUCGACUAGCCAUGCUUCGUCGACUACCUCCAAGCCUUCGUCCGCCUCCGCCAGCUCGACCCCCACCUGCGACGUUGAGUCCGAGGGCGACAACGGUAACCACUAUGGCUGGUGCAAGAAGGCCCAGCACUCUGGCACCUACAAGAACGGCAAGAGCGAUUAA